CCCUUGUUCGUUGUUGUUUUGUGCGUCUUUGGCUUUUGUCUUUCUUUCUGAAAAUCGUUAACAUUCUAGAUCAAAUUCAGCAAAAAUCAAAACUUGUAAUCGUGUUUUUGGCGAAAAAUAAAUAAGACCGAAAAAACAAAAGUUUUGUGGGAUGAACAUAUUGGAAUUACCUCCCAUUAUUCUACUGGAGAUAUUCGAGUAUCUAAGUUAUGAUGAAGUUUCGAAAAAAAGGCUGGUUUGUCGACGAUUCGAUCAGGUAGCCCAGCAAGUACUAAAUUGUGGCUUUAACAAAGUCAUUAAGCAACACACCGUUAAUUUCAAGCGCAUUAAAGCCCUACUGCCAAGAAGAGAGUCGGAAAGACGAAAUCACUGCCUCGCUCGCCAUGCUGAUAUACUUACUUCCAUUGAGACUCGCAUUUCUAUGCUAUCUAUGACUUACACCAAAUACAUGGAUUUGAAUUUGUGCUGUUUUAUACCAGGAAAAGUUCUGGAUGAGAUAUUCCGCAUACUACGUUUGAUUGCCAAAACCACCAAACCGCUGAGACCACAUGAGGUAUUGCAAGAGUUGCGUGACAUUUCCUCAAUGGCCAUUGAACAUUUUGAUGAGAAAAUUGUAAUACAUUUGAAGAAAUCAUUUGCUGACAAUAGCAGCAAUAGCGCAAAAAUGUGCUGUCCCGAUAAUAGACGUUUGGCGCCCACCAGUAGUGGUCUGGGUAAUAUUUCAUUCAGUGGUAUGGGAGGUGCAUCUCCGCCGCUCGUAACACCUUACGUCUAUGGUAGUAAUGAAUAUAUUUUGGAACCUCUUACUCACCGUUUAGGUUUGAUUGGUGAUCGCCUAAAUGGAACAUCAUUUAAGACACCAGUCAAUAGCAACAGCAGUGGUGGUAUCACAGAUCAACAAACACCAUCGAUGUCUUCAUCAUCGUCGUCAUCAUCAUCAUCAUCAUCAUCAACAUCGACAUCGUCGUCAGCAUAUUUUAGUGACUUGCAUCCACAGCAUCCACCCGGUGCAUGUCCCGAAGCCCAUUCUACAAUGAUGUACUGCAAAAAACUUGAAGCCGAAUACAAGAAAGGUGUACUAAAGAUGCAACGUAUGCAACAAUUACAAAAUUUGCAAAACAAGCGCUUGCAGCAAGCCUUAAGUUCUGUGGCUCAACUUAAUGUACAGAUUGUUGAAUUAAAAAAACGUUUGGAGGAUGUGGAUGCCAAAAAUCGUGAAAUUUCAGCAAACAUAAGACACAUCAGCGGUGGCGGCUCUCCGGAAACAACGGCCCCCAAAACAACACAACCACUACCACCACCACCAACACCUUCCAUGUGCAGCAAUAGUACAGAUAUUAUUGCCGACGAAACCACAAAUACAAUGUCAAUGUCUUCUUCCACCGCAAUUGCAUUGAAUGAAUCAACAACUGAAAUCGAAAUUAAAGCUAAUAAAAGGCGAUGUGAAGAUACCAGCCUGACUGUUGGUGACAUAACACCAGCCAUAAAUGCAGUUGAAGCUAUUAAUGCCGCCACUGCCAUUGCAGAGAACUGUGAUCCACCACGUUUUUCAUUGAAGAAGGCCAAAAUAGAACAAUAAAUUCUUUAAAGUAUUUACUUAAAUGUUAGCUUAGAUGAUCGAGAACUAAACUACGCAGCACUUUCUCCAUAAUCAAAUGAAAUCAUAAGUCGAUGUAUUUUUUUAAAUAUCUCAACUUCAUAAAA